CUCGACAGUUUUCUUCAGCAAGCUUCUUUUCGACCCGUCGCCAUGAUCGAAUCCCUCAAACUCUCAUUCCCGCUCGUCUUCGGGUCGGCCGCCAUGAUCCUACUCUUGACGUUCUCCUUGUCCCCAGAGCGGAAACUGGACAAGUACCCCGGCCCUCUUCUCGCCAAGUUCAGCAGGCUCUGGUUGGCGCGUCAGGCGGGUAGAGGCAAUCGGUUCCAGGUUGUGCACGAGCUACAUAAGAAGUACGGCAGCUUCGUCAGACUCGCACCUGACCACAUCUCAAUCUCCUCCCCCCUCGCAAUCCCCAUCGUCUACGGUCACGGGACCGGGUUCACCAAGGCCGAUUUCUACGACGCGUUCGUCAGCAUCCGACGAGGGUUGUUUAAUACACGGGAUAGGAAGGAACAUACUAGGAAGAGGAAGAUCGUCAGUCAUGUCUUUUCUCAGAAAAACGUACUCGAAUUCGAAGAACACAUCCAGGAUGUCAUCGACAACCUCUUCGGUAAAUGGGACGCCAUGAGCCGGGACAAGAAGCUCCAAACGCAGGGGUUCGAUAUCCUCGAUUGGCUCAACUUUUUCGCAUUCGACGUGAUCGGCUCGUUAGCCUUUGGCCGACCGUUCGGGAUGGUCUCUGCCGGCCGAGACGUCGCUCCCGUAUCCACCCCCGCUUCUACCUCUGGAACCGCCUCGACAGGCAAGGUCGAACACCUCCCCGCUAUCGAGAUCCUCAACCGACGAGGAGAAUAUUCCGCUACCAUGGGCUGUAUCCCUCCUCUCCUGCGUCCUCUCGCCAAGAAGCUCCCCUGGUUUUCCCGAGGUCUGGAGAGCGUGAGAAAGUUGGCUGGGAUAGCGAUCGCUGCGGUAGGGACGAGGAUGGAGUUGGAAGAAUCGGGUGGUGGUGCGGACAGUCGGGAUCUGCUGAGCAAGUUGAUGAAGGGUAAAGACGAGAAUGGGAAUCCGAUGGGUAGAGAAGAGUUGACGGCAGAGGCCUUGACGCAGCUGAUCGCCGGCUCGGACACGACGUCAAACUCUUCCUGCGCGAUCCUCUACUACCUCAGCAACAAUCCUCGGGUCGUGACCAAACUCUUGUCAGAACUCGCCCCCGUCGCCGAGACGAAAGAACCCGGCUUUGUCUCCUUCUCCUGCGAAGACGUCAAAGAUCUACCCUACCUGCAAGCCUGUAUCGACGAGGCAUUGAGGUUGCACUCGACCUCGGCUAUCGGGUUGCCAAGGAUCGUACCCGAGGGAGGCGCUGUGGUUUGCGACGAGUUUUUCCCAGAGGGGAUGACCUUGAGCGUGCCUGCAUAUACCGUCCACCGCGACCCCGUAGUUUGGGGCGAGGACGCUGAUGCUUAUCGACCGGAGCGCUGGUUCGAGCAAGACAAGGCCGCCAUGAACGCCAGCUUUAUCCCGUUCAGCUUUGGUCCUCGGUCUUGUGUCGGACGAAACCUCGCUUCGAUGGAGCUUCUCCUGAUCAUCUCGUCUACCGUACAACGAUACUCUUUGACUCCGGUUCACCCAGGGCAGGCUCUCGAUACUGCCGAAGGUUUCCUUCGCAAGCCGACUGGAUACCUCGUCAAGAUGAAGCGAAGGGAAUCGAGUAUCGAGGAUCAGUGACAAUGGAGGCGUCGAUGUGCAAAAGAAGGCAGUCAUGACGAUAACGCAAAAAAAGUUUACAGCAUGUCAUAUAAACGGCUACCAAAGUAAAGCCUACACCUCAACGAGUCAUGAUGAUACAAAUCCCUAGGAUCCACGAGCUGCACGAGCUCUCAUCAGCCACGGCGAAAUAAACUUGAAAAGAACAGAGAUAAUAAAAGUACCCCUUUAAACCCCUUGCGCCUGCUCUUGUAAGUAGGUCUUGGUCGUGGCGAAUUUCCGCGCCGGGACGCGCCUGUUGUAAAGCUCGUCGAGCU